AGUGAGGUCAGCGAGGAGCUGUCCGGGCAUGUUCAGAGCCUAUACACGUGUUACUAUCGAAGAUGACUGCAAGGCCUGUUCUAUCGUUUAAUGAUGGCAGAGCUGUCAAAUAGGUGUAAAGCCCCCUCACAGGGGCUUCUCAGCAACUACGGGUUUUUAUGUAAAAAACCCAUGCUGCAUUGCGCCAUGGAGAAUGUAAGAGUUGGGAAGAAGCGCCAACAGAAGGUGAUCAUUGAUAACAUGACGAUAAAAAGAAUAUGCAUCCACCAGGAACCACUGGAUACAAAUAUCCUAAUCAGAAAAACUAAACCGUGUGAUACAGAUCAGGAAAAUCAAAGCACUCUGAACUCUGAAUGCAAACCUGUUGACGAACUCUCGGCGCCUGUGUCUAAAGCAGCUGACCACCACAGUUUACUCACAACCCUGAGAGACUGCUGGGAAGUGGACAGUGGUUUCUCGUCCGAAGCCAGUCCUCCAGCCAGUGGUCGAAGCUCACCGUGCCUCAGCUCUUGUCUGACCACGGUGGUGGCGUUGGACUGUGAGAUGGUGGGCACGGGGCCCAGGGGGCACUGCAGCGAGCUGGCCCGCUGCAGCAUCCUGGACUAUCACGGCAACCUUCUGUAUGAUAAAUACAUCAGACCGUGUCAGCCUGUCACAGAUUUCAGGACUCGCUGGAGCGGCAUCCGGAGGCAUCACCUCCACAAUGCCACACCCUUCGCUCAGGCCAGAGAAGAGAUCCUUAGGAUACUUGAGGGUAAAGUUGUAGUGGGCCAUUCCAUCUACAAUGACUUCGAGGCACUCGACGUGGUCCAUCCGGGUCACAUGGUCAGGGACACAGGUACAACACGUCUCCUCAGCCGAUUAGCCGGUUUCUCCCGCGAACGCUGCCCCUCCCUCAAGAUCUUGGCCAGUAAGCUGCUGAACAGGAGGAUACAGGAUGGAAAACGAGGCCACUGCUCAGUGGAGGACGCUCAGGCUGCCCUCGACCUCUACAAGUUGGUGGAGGGUGAGUGGGAGCAGGAGCUGCAGAACAAGCUGAGAGAUGACGACGCUCCACACGAGCCAAGCUUCGCCGCGUCAAACCACUACAUGCAGGACGAGUACUGGCCGGAUGAUGUCACAGCUGACAGCCAAUGAGAGGAGAGCAUUCAUGACUCAUUCAGUAGGGGAUUUCAAGUUCACAGAGCUGCACGUAAUGUGGACGACAAACACUGACGGUAUAUCACGUCUGAGCAGAAAUAAGUUAAAGCGUGCCUCUUUUUAAGACGAAUAUGUUAAAAUAAUCGACCUUGUCUCAUACGAGAUCAUGUACUGUAUCACUUUUAGAGAAAUGGUCUUUUGUUGCUUGAAAAAAAAAAAAACACUUUCUAACUUAUUAAUUUUAAACAUGUUAAACAUGGUCAGAAUUUCUAACAGCAUAUUUUUUGCUGUGAUAGUUGCUUGUAAAUGUAUUACAGGCUUGGUCAAGUUUAUAGAGUGUGAAGUUGGUGCUUUUACAGUUGAACAGCUUGUGGUGCAGAGUUCUCUAACAGCAUCUGCUCUUACUUGAAAGAUGAAAUGAAACUAUUAAUGAGAAAAGAAACUGAUUUUAGGCCACAAAUGCAACUAUUUUGGAAAACAGUUUAAGCACACUAGUUUAAAAUGUGUUUCAUGGUCUUAAAGGCAAAUACAUUUUUGAAAAAGCAGAGAUGUGCUUAAAUAGUUGCAUUUUUAUGUUGUAAGUGUUUACACACAUGUGGCGUUGAGUGUAGCAGUUGUGUUUUC